UUUGGUUUCGAUGUUGAAACAUUGCGCCCUAUAACGUAUGAGCAGAUCAGUGGCAUGCUGAAUGGGUUGUCUGGUAGAUUCGGCUGGGACAAGAUAAUGGAAGAUAACCAUGUUAUUGGUCUCAAGCAGGGAAACCAAAACAUUUCGGUAGAACCUGGUGGCCAGGUUGAACUUAGUGGUGCUCCUGUUGAAACGUUGCAUCAAACUUGUGCAGAGAUCAAUUCACAUCUUUAUCAGGUCAAAGCAGUUGGGGAGGAAAUGGGAGUUGGGUUUCUUGGACUUGGUUUUCAGCCAACAUUACCAUUGAAUGAUAUACCAAUAAUGCCCAAGGCAAGAUAUGAAAUUUUGAGAAAUUACAUGCCCAAAGUUAGUUCUCUUGGCCUUGAUACGAUGUUCCGCACGUGCACUGUACAGGUUAAUCUCGACUUCAGAUCAGAGCAAGAUAUGAUAAGAAGAUUACGUGCUAGCCUCGCGUUGCAGCCUCUUGCGACAACAAUAUUUGCAAAUUCUCCCUUCAAAGAAGGAAAACCAAAUGGGUUUCUCAGUUUAAGAAGCCAUACCUAUACUGAUAUUGAUGACAACCGAUCGGGGAUGCUUCCUUUUGUUUUUGAUAACUCAUUUGGAUUUGAGCAAUACGUGGACUAUGCAUUAGAUGUCCCAAUGUAUUUUGUAUACCGGAACAAGAAAUACGUUGACUGUACCGGAAUGUCUUUUUGGGAUUUUAUGGUAGGAAAACUCCCACAGACUCCGGGGGAGUUGCCCACUUUGAACGAUUGGGAGAACCAUCUAGCAACAUUGUAUCCUGAGGUUAGGUUGAAGAGAUACAUCGAGAUGAGAGGUGCAGAUUGUGGCCCAUGUAGUAGACUGUGUGCCUUGCCUGCAUUUUGGGUUGGGCUGUUGUAUGACGAGGAAUCAUUACAGGGCAUUUUGGACAUGACUGGCGAUUGGACAAAGGAAGAAAGAGAAAUGCUAAGACGGAAGGUGCCAGUAACUGGUUUGAAAACACCAUUCCGAGAUGGAUAUGUAAGAGAUUUAGCUGAAUAUGUUCUCCAACUGGCCAAGAAUGGACUAGAAAGAAGAGGAUACAAGGAGGUCGGUUUCCUAAGCGAGCUCGACGAAGUGGUUAGAACAGGAGUGACACUUGCUGAGAAGCUUCUCAAACUGUACGAGACCAAGUGGCAGCAAAGCGUGGACCCUGUUUUUGAAGAGUUGUUAUAUUGAAGUCUAAGAAGCAU